CAACCUAGAUGUGCCCUCCACACUCUAUUGAGUCUUUCCUCAUUUUCUUACUUCAAUUCUAAUCAUUUUUCCCUCCUUACAAAAACAAAAACUUAUCCUAGCUAGUUAUGGCUUGUGAUCUCUCAAGUAACAAUAACAAACCCUCCUUCAACCAAGUGACGCCUAGCGUUUCUACGAGCGUUGUUGAUAUCGAACUAGAGCCCGAGGGUACGAAUUAUUCUAAACGGGGCCAAUGGCUCCGGGCUGCGGUACUCGGGGCGAAUGAUGGACUCCUUUCUGUUGCCUCUCUUAUGAUUGGGGUCGGGGCGGUUCGGCCCGACCCGGGCACGAUGGCGUUGACCGGGCUUGCGGGCUUGUUUGGUGGUGCAUGCAGCAUGGCCCUAGGCGAGCUCGUAUCGGUGUGGGCCCAACGUGAUGCUGAGCUAGCCCAACUCCUCCGUGACUACGAGGCUCAUCCUAGCCCGGCCCGUGCCUUGGAGGAUCGAAAGAGGGCCCUACCAAGCCCGAUGUGUGCGGCGUUGGCCUCCGCCGCAGCAUUUGCAGGCGGGGGAGGGGUCCCACUCUUGGCGGCCGCAUUCAUAAAACCGUACAACGCAAGGCUAGCGGCAGUGCUUGUCACGGUGACCGUAGCGCUAUUCGCCUUCGGAUGGAUAGGGGCUAUCCUAGGGAAGGCUCCGCCUUUUAGGUCAUCGGUAAGAGUGUUGGUAGGAGGAUGGGUAGCCAUGGGGGUCACUUUUGGGUUGACAAAGUUGGUGGGUUUUACAGGGAUCUAGCAAGCUACCUUGAAAUGUUUAUUACACAGCCAGACCCUUAGUUUUAACCAUCAGGCCAAGAAAUCAUUGGUCGCUGACUAGCUAGAAACGUGUCACUUAAAACGUAGUAUUAUUACAUGCAUAUUGUUAUAUUGUAUGUUGUAUUAGAAAGUUUUCGUAUGGAAUUUGUACUUUAAUUAA